AUGGAUUAUUUCUCUAGAUCGCUGAAUCAAUUGUUCUCUAGCACCCCUCAUCUGGCUUAUCAGCACAAAUCUAAUGUCUGUAUCAGUCAUCUAGCUUAUGCUGAUGAUGUCAUUAUUUUCUUUAAGGCUACUAAGAAUGCUACCAAAAUGCUGUACAAGGCCCUCAAGCAUUUUUCAGCUCACCUCAGCUGGAGAUUAUGGCUUUUUUUGCUCCCAACAGAUGAUAUCUUGAAAAUGAAAGGCCUGAGGGGACCAUCUGUGUGUCUUCUGUGCCUUGUGGAGGAGGAGACCUUGGAUCACCUCUUCUUUUAUUGCAACUUCUCUAAAAAAGUUUUGAAUGAGUUAUUGCCCAAGUUCAAAAAUGAUACAAUGAAUCUCAGCUGGUUCAACUUCUUCAACUGCUGGGAAGAGUGGAAUCAGAUCAAUUUACAGGUUCUUCCUUGUAUAGUGGCUUGGUUUAUAUGGAUGUGCAGAAAUAGUGUUAACUAUGAAGGUUCUACCCCUCUUGUUAAAGCUGUAACUACUCAUUGCACAUCUUACCAACAAAAAAUCAUUAAAUAUCAUAGGUUCACUAAUAUCUUCAGAAACUGGGUUCCUCAAGUUGAUAUUCAGUGUAAUUUCAGUUUCUCUUUGAUUGAAUGGGCUCCUCCUCCUACUGGCUGGUUGAAAGCUAAUACUGAUGGAAGCUUUCUUAAAGGCUCUGCUGGUUGUGGUGGGGUUUUCAGAAACUCCCUUGGUCACCAUGUUCUACAUUUCUCCUCACCUACUUGGGCUCUAGAUGCUGUAGAAACUGAAAUGAUAGCUAUUUAUUGGGCUCUUAAAAUUGCUGUCCAAUGUAAUAUGGGAAUCUUUAAUCAUUGA